CACAAAACAAGCAAAAAUAAAAUAAAUCACAUUACAGUAUUAUGGUUGGAGUCUUUGAGAGAUUUGUAAAAAAGCUUACUGAUUUUAGAAAUGCCGGCUUACUUCGUCUGCUGUAUCUGAUUCCUGGAAUCGAAAGUAUCUGUACAAGUUGUUGUUGUUAACCAUGAAGAUGAUCGCUCGUUCUUCUUCUUAUCUGAUUCCACUUUUUGGCCUCCUUCUUCUUCUCAUCUCGAGUUUCUCCGGAUUCGUCCAGAUCGCCGAGGCAGGAAAGCGACGGAUCGAGAUCUCCGACGAUCUAGACGACGUUGAAGACAAUGAAGAAGACGAUUCAUGGAAAGAGUGGGGGAAGCAAGCUACCACGCCGGAGUUUGAUCCGCCUCCAGAUUUUUCGAAAUUGGGAUUCGAUCAGAUCCAAGAGGAGAUGGCUAAACGGACCUUUGGACCGGUCGUCGGAUUCGUCAAGCUCCGGUUAGGCGUCCCCCGUACCAAGGAUAUGGUGAUUGAUAUUGCUAUGAAAUGGACAAAAGUUUUGAGAACAGGAGGGAUAGGAGUCAGAUUCAUGGCUGUAGAUCGAAGCACCCUGAUGUUCAACAUGCAAAAUGGGAAGCUAGUGACUGAGCUAACGGAGUUCGUGCUAAGCCAAGAAGAAGCUUACGAGGUUAAGAUAGGGAAGCAAGAGUUUAGAAGACCUGGAGAUCCUCCACUUGAAGAUGUUGUCGACAAACUUCAAGCGGAUGGAAGGAAAGAUGAUGAUGAAGGUGGUGAUAGUAACAAUAAUGAUCUUACCAAGGAUGAAUUAUAGGUGGUCACAUAAAGCUUUUUAUCUUGGCUAGUACUGAAAGUUCAACUCUUUUACUGAAUCUUACUAGAAAUUUCUUUAACAAGUUUGGUUUAUAAAUUUCCCUUGAAAACCGUAGAAUACAAUAAAAAAGGAAAGCUUUUUUUUCA